AUGGGAAUUCCUAACAAGGAAAAAAAUGAAACCGUCCCUUUCGCUACAAUUUUCGAGGCAGCAGCGCGCGGCCGCAUCGAAACGGUGAGAACGCAUCUGGAGAACGGAGUUGACCCAAAUAAUGGAGACGCACAAGGUCGUACGCCACUCCAUUUUGCUUGUCGUGGCGGGCAUUGGGAUGUUGCACGCCUUUUGCUUGAGAAAGGCGCGUGUGCUACCGAAGAUGGUAGCGGCCUAUUUCCCAUUUAUGAAGCUGUGAGGGGAGGGCAUUUGGAAAUUGCCCGUCUUCUCAUAGAGUGCAAACAGGGAAAAGCACACACUUGGACUUCACGUGGCGGUUGGCUUAUAACGAGCGCAUUUCAUCGUCGAGACUUGCCAAUGAUUCAAUUUCUGUUGAACAGCGGUGCGCAGGCCAACUGUACCGAUCAUCUCGAUCAAACGGCCCUCCACAAAGCAGCAUCAAGUGGUGAUCUUGAAAUGUGUAAGCUUGUGCUCGAACAUGAAAAGCAUCAUCCGCCGAAAGGGUGGAUUCUCCGCGACCCUCCAUCAAUGCGUCGGAAAAAUUCACGUGGCGAUCUACCGAUUGGUCUGGCUAUGAACAACGGCCAUUUUGAGAUCGUGGAACUUUUUUUGAAAAGUGGUCAAGUAUCUCCGAAAGCCCUCAAUGGACAUAAGAGGCCUCUCUUUCAUGACGCUGUGAAAGAUGGUAAUCUUGGAAUGACUCAAUUAUUCCUUGACCAUGGAGUGCCCGUGGACUUGAAAGGUUGGGAUAACCGAAGAGCUUUACACAUCGCAGCAUAUGAGGGAGAUAUCAAAAUGACGCGACUCCUACUGGAGUAUGGAGCAUCUGUUCGAACAAAGUGUGGUUCAUAUUGCACCCCAGAAGAGCGAUCUCGAAAUUCAGAGGUGACGAUGAUACUGCGUAAUCAUCCGGAUAGCAAAGCCUCGAAGAAGCAGGCAAAACAGAAGACAAACUUGAAGGUGUCCAGUUCAACAGCUGAUCCUCCCCCCGAAUAUUCAAAAUGA